UCUGCACGGACAGUUUGCUUCUGCCGUUCGGUUCGAGUAGUGGAACUUACUCGAGGACCGCUUUCAUUCGUCGGUAGCUGAAAAAGAACAAAAAACCAAAAACCCCAAGUGCUAUAUUAAUUCGGGCGUCUGCCACCUCCUCGUCGUGAGAAUCUCUUCGUGCUGCUCGACAUUAUCGCAACGAACGCAGAGGGAAACUUUUUUAAAGUUUCUAUUUCCAACAUCGUACAGUUCUGUCUGAUUUGCAGAGGAUUUUCACCCCGCCGGAUAUUACAUCAAGAAAAACUAUCAAGACUUUUUUUUUGUGAAGCGCAUCAUUGCCAUAAUGCGGAAAUCUUACUGCUUGUGUUAUGAAGCCCAACCGUUACUCUAUUAUCCUGAGAAUCAGUGCGCGCAAGAAAGAAUGCAGCUUUCGAGUGCUUGUUUGCAUCUAGUGAAGAUUCAUAGUUAAAGCAUCGUUCAACAGUCAACUUGAAAUUAGUGCAUCCGGAGCGUGACCUUUCUUUCUCCGGAGGAAACUCUAGCCUGAAAAAUGCGCAUGAAAUAUGGGAAGCUGUUCGUUAUUGUUAUGAUAUGUUUCAAUUUGGUGGUGUUUUACUAUUCGUGGAAAUACUUCCUAACGAGAACUGAGUUUCUUUCUGGCACCUUCAAUAAACAUGCAUCGGAAAGAGAACCUAUAGAACGGGUUGGUUUCGAUGAAGACGAUGGCAUUGUACAUUCCUCUGCCGUGCGAAGUGCCGUAAAACAAGAAAAACCAAUACCAAUGAAACAAACCAGGUUUAGUCGCAUUCGGGACCGCAUACAAAAUACGAACAAAUUUUUGCGGAAAAGUAUUACCAUCGUUUUUCGCGACUUUUACGAUUUCGAUAACGAUUUAAUGCAGUCCAUCGCUAGUGUAAUAAACCUUAUUCCCAACAUAGCGGUGUUCAUCAUUUCCACCGACAUUCCGUACCCUCCGCUGGAUGUUUUCACCAGUCCCGGCCAGUCCUCCAAUCAAACAAACUGGUUCGAAAAAGACAGUAACGUGAGAUUCUUCAGCCUGAGCUACGACAUCACCAAACCCCUCAAGGACACUCUUCCGAUACUGCAGAUACGGACGCGGUACACGCUGUUCAUGCCUGAUAGCGUUCGUCUUAACGGCCGAUCGCUUCUCUCCCGAUUGCUGCGGGAAAUUUCGUCCCCUUCCACCGAAGAUUUGCUGUUGCAGCAGCAUCAAAAUCUACUUCUGAAGCAGAACAAUCAGGCGGUGGAAAGCAGAAUCGAUAUGACCCGGAAACCAGAGCACAGGAUAAUUGCCGUCCCGUUUGCUUCCAAUCAGAAAACGGUUGCCAAUUGCUGCCAUCUGCAGCUGGAUCUACCGAACUGGACGCUGGAGUACGUGACUGGCAAUGGGACCGACAGCUGCGACAUGUACAAACAGAAGCACGCCAUCCUGAUCGAAACGGCCUUGCUAAGAGAGAUGCCUGAUGCACUGUCGUCUCCAUUCCCCGAGCUGUUCUACAUUCAGGCUAAACUCUCCAACAUUAAGAAAGUGCUACUCAACGCCUCGUUCCAGGACGGAAAGAAACUGUUCACUUCCUAUCACACCAAAACCAAGAGGCGCAAUUUGCGCAAAGAGCAAUUCAAAACACUUUACCGCAAUCUGCAAAUAAAAAAGGUAGUCUACAAAAACUAUCUGCACGACAAUAAGUCGAAGCUCUCCAAGCGGAAGCAGCUAAUCAAAAGCUUCGAACACAACAAUCAGACCAUUUCAGUGCUAACGGAAACCACCUUCUACGGGUGUGAAAGGCAAACCAAGAGCUGUAUCGGCCAGGUGUACAAUGCACAGCCCUUCUACUUGUACCUCGGUCGCCAUACGCCGCCCUGCUGCCUGGACAAGCUAAAAACCAUUUUCCGACACGUGGUGGAUGAAUUCGAGAACGUCGGCAUUCGCUACUGGCUAGACAAUUACGCGCUGAAAAAUGCCAUCGAGUUUAAAUCGCUCUCGCCGGACGCUUACGAAAUAGACAUAAGUUUUAACAGCGACGAUGUGCAACGGUCGGUCGCACUGCGAAAGGCACAGUCGAAACCGUACACCGACGGGGACGGUUUUCACUGGUUAAAAGCCACCGACGGCCAUUACUUCCGGGUGCAGUACUCGAAGGUUAACCAGAUUGCGGUAAAUUUGCUACCCUUUGACCUGAGCGGCGAAGUGGUCCGACCCAAUGGAUUCUACGGCUGGAAGGCAAAGAAAUUUACAGUGGAAUUCCUCCAUCCCAUGUCGACGGUGCUGUUCCUCGGAAAGCCCAUUAUGUGCCCGAACAACGUGGUGGAGUACCUGGAAACGAAGAACGUCAAGUAGGUGGUGGUGGGAAACGGCGCGAGAGGGUGUUGGGCUGCGAGAAAGAGGGUGUGAGAAUGUUAUUUGUUGCUGUGAUAGAAUGGUGCUGCACAUUCCGCGCUCGAGUGGAUUGGCGAGAACGUGAUAGCUGUUGAGAAAUGUUUGUAAAUAAACAUUAGUUAGCGCUAGAAAAGUUAGUUUAGGUUGGGCUUUUAGCAAAUCAACGUUUUGUGUGGUAGAUUAUUAAAAAAUCCAUUGUAAUCGAAUCACUAAUAAAUUUUGUUCUCAGGCGAUAAUACUACUAAAUACCAAUGUUUAGACAUCUCCCAAAUAUAAAAAGAUAGUGAUUUUAGUCGAUUUUAGCAAGGUGAUUGUCAAAACUUAUUAUAUCCUAAAUACUAUGAAAACAGAUUUCACUCGUAGAUAAGUUAUUUUUGAUUGUAUACUUUUAAAAUAUACGAAAAACUGUCUCUGACGUUGUUUUGAUUGGAAUAUUAUUUUUAUGACAUUAUCGAGAAUAAAUCAGUUCAAAAUUACUCUUGAGGGCGGUGUUGAAAGUGUCGAUAAAAUUCACGAAACGUCACUCUUUAAUGAUUUUCUUCAGUAACGUGAUGUCACGACCAACCAAAUUCUCUUGAAUUCAACCACUAACGAAGGACAACAAUAUUCUAUUAUUACUUCAUUAGAAUUUGUCGAAAACACAGCACGCAAAGUUUUUGAGCAUUCUUACUUGUAUACUGAUGCUAAUGGCCAGUUCGUCCCAUUACGUAUAUCAGCAAACCGAGAAUAUCGCGUUUCAAUCUAAUUUCGUCGCAUUGCCUGUGGGGAGAUGGGACUAUAAGUUUGGAUGCUUUCCAAAACGAAAUUGUUCAGUUUUAAUAAUUAGCUACAAUUUCCACUCGAAAAUUCGUUUCAAUUUUGUUGAAUAUGCAAAUGAGAUGGAAUUGUUAUGCGCGGCAGUACAGUUCCUGCAAUGCUUCGACUUCAAAACUGCAGGGCUGAUAGUCGUUAAAGAUUAGGAAGCCUAGCUCCCUGUCAUUCAGCCUAGCCUGUUAAUUUGGUAUUUUGUACUUACAAGAACUCGAAACCAUUUCAAAUGCUCAAAUUCACUCUAAGCCCUUAGGCAUUUUCUGUUUUUCAUUAUGUUAGACAACAUACCGCUCGGAAGAUACAGUAACUGAUUUAAUUACCCUAGUAUGUGUGCAUAAGAGGAAAGUAAGAAUGAUUCUUUCGUAAUUUCAUGUUAGUAGGCCAAAGUAUAUACUACAACUGAACGUGAUUUUAGUUUAGUUUUGGUAAUCAAAAAUGUAUACGCAUACCUCUGUUAUGUACAUUUUAUUUACGUAGUAAGUGUCACUGCAGGCGAUUUUAUGUAAUUGUGGACCACAAUUCAAGUACAAACCUAAGUUCAGAAGCAAACUACUAGAUAGUUCACUAGUUGUGAUUCUAAUCAGAGUAGCAAAAUAAACCCUAAACGAAUAUUAAUAAAAAUUUUAUAUCUCCACUAUCUUCAUAUAUUUAACGACAUUAGAUAAAACUCUUCACUAGUAGUCACCUACAUGAACCAAAGAUCCAAUUGUUUGACAUUUUAAGAAUUACCCUACCAACAUGUUUCCAAUGUACAACUACCAAAGAAUACUACAGUCCUUUUCAUACAUUAGUUAAGAAAUAAAUAAUUUAUUGUUUCCACUAC